AUGUCUAUGUCUAAUGCUGAAUCUAAAGGAACGCCGUACGCUUUAUCUAAUAUUUUCUGCACCAUUCCCUGGCAUAACUGGACAUAUUACCAUAACCCGAAGGGCAAGUGGCCCGAUACCUCGAAGAAUCAGGUAUUCCGUGAGCAAAUUCGUACUCAUAAGGUGACAUUAAAAGAGCUAAUUAAUUGCAGAAAACUGAGAGAGUGGAAUGAAUUAUCGGCAUCAGACGAAGAGCGAAGGUUGCCUUAUCAAAGGUUACCUCGUAAAGCCUGUUCUUGUUCGAAAGCCUCAAAGAGUGCCUUGAAAUUGCCAGCUCCGAAUCCGUCAAAAUUGUUCCGUUGA